AUGGCUUCCUCCCAGCUCGACAUCCCGCUCGUCCGUGCUGCUUUCCCCGCACUGGCCUCGGAUUUCCUGUACGCGGAUAAUGCAGGCGGAUCACAAUGUCUUGCUUCCGCGGUGUCUCGAAUUUCAGACUACCUGCUCAACACAAACGUACAGCUUGGCGCGGAUUAUUCUGUUUCCGUAGCAAGCACUACACGAGUUGCAGAUGGUGCAGAGGCCGCCCGAGAGCUGCUAAACGCAACGAGCGUGGAUGAAGUCGCCUUUGGGAGCAGUUCAACGAUGCUUGUGGAGAAUCUUGCGCGGGCGUUAGAGGCGGAUGUUUUAGCAGGCGAGGAGAUUGUUGUUACCGGCGAGCAUGAGGCGAAUGGCGGCCCUUGGAAGAGACUUGCGCAAAGACGGGGGGGAAUUGUGAAGCUAUGGGAUGCAACACAACUCCCAACGGCUCUUAACAAUCCCUACUCGGUUGGCUUGCAGUUGGAGACACUUCUGCCGCUCAUCACCUCGAAGACGCGCCUAGUCGCAUUCACUGCAUGUUCCAACAUCCUGGGCUCGAUAGUGCCCGUUAAAAUGAUAACUAAGGCCGUGAAGAAUAAAGCUCACGAGCUCGGUGUACGGAAGCUCGAAGUGUGCGUAGACUGCGUGGCGUACGCACCCCAUCGGCGUAUGGAUGUGCAGGACUGGAAUAUCGAUUAUUGUGUCUUCUCUAUGUAUAAGGUGUAUGGCCCACAUGCCUCCGUGCUGUAUACGCAUCAGCCGGCGCUCAGCCGGUCACUCACCUCCCUCGCGCACCACUUUCUUAGCGCUGCAGUCGCUGAAAAGCCUUAUAAACUUCAGCCUGGUGGACCAGGAUACGAGAUCGUGUACGGUUGCACUGCCGUCCCGCUCUAUCUGCGCUCGCUAGUACCCUCUGGGUCUCUUGACGAUGCAUUUGCGAGUAUCGCAGCGCAUGAGCAGACAUUACUUGGACCACUGCUUACGUACCUCCAAGGAAAAGCAGAGCGCGGUGUCCGCAUUGUCGGAGACGAGCAAGCAGGUCUCAAUCGAGUACCAACAGUGAGCUUUGUAGUGGGUGGCGAACGAAGUAUCCGCAGCCAGGACGUAGUAGCAGCAUUUGACGCGAGAGGAAAUAUCGGCAUUCGCUAUGGCCACUUUUACGCAUUUACACUUGUCGAUAACCUUCAGCCAAAGCUGGAUGUCGAUGAUGCUGUCGUACGCAUAUCGUUUGUGCACUACAACACGAUCGAAGAAGUGCGGAAAAUCAUCCACAUCCUGGAAGAAGUCCUGGCUUGA